AUGGGGACUUGGCGAAGAGGCCUCGUGACAUUUACCUGCCUCCUCCGCGUGUUUUGGGCAAUAGGCGCAGCAGCAGCUCAAGCUGCAGCCGCUGACGCGAUAACCGUAGCCGGUUCAGCGCAGGACUUGUCAUCUUUUAACGAUAGCGAGAAAUCAGCUUGCGACGAGGAGUAUCAGGGAGAGCAGGAAGAGGAGGAGGAGAAGGAGGGGGAAGAGAAGGAGGAGAAGGAGGGGGAAGAGAAGGAGGAGAAGGAGGGGGAAGAGGAAGAAAUCAAGCAGGGGAAAGUGGAGGCGACGUGGGGAUCAGUGGCUGAAGAAGUGACGCGGACUCGGAUGGCGACGAGCUGCAGGCAAUCAGGCUGUCCACCUCGCUGUCUGGCGGCGCGAACAAGUCCGAGCGACAGCGUCGCUACCGAGCGUGGGUGCGGUGGAGAGGUGGGCCAUGUGGUAACCCUGUUACAAACGGGCGCAGCUCUUUUCCUCACUGUCGCCAUCGUCCAAUCAAUGCUGGACUCCCAACUACCCUCAUGCCCCUUGAAGCUGGGUUACCAAGGCCCCUGGACCUACCUUCUACCACUGGCUCUCUUCGUCCUCAUUGGCAGUUGGAUCGCUGUCGAAAUUCUCUGUUGCAUGGGGCGCGCUACACCUUGGGACGAGGUAGAUGACGAGGUGGACAUAGUGGCGUCGCUGCUGGGCGAUGUGAUGGCGUACAGAGCCGUGGGGGCCCAGUCACCUGGAGCUACUCGCAGGGCUAGCUCUUUUUCAGGCCAAUCGCCCGCCACCAGCUGUCGAUGCCCCCACCUCCUUCUCCCCCUCCUCUUCCCAACCACCCACCUCAACGUACUGCCAUCAACCACCGCUGCCACCCCCCUCUCCUCCACCGCUGCACCCUGUCUUUGA